UUUGACAUUGAGUUUAAGUUCAGUUACGGAGGAGGCCACACAUUCGUUGCUCAUGGCGGAGGACACCAAAACUUGCAUUUUCAAUGUUGGUGGAUGUUUGUACUCCAUACCGAUAAAUCGACUCUCCUGUUUUCAAGAGUCCUUGUUACUGAAAGAAUCUGUCUCAAAUGAUCAUGCAAGAUUAUUUCUGGACCGGGAUGGCUUCACCUUCAGACAUCUGCAUUAUUAUAUACAUACUGGUAAACUGGCAUCCUCAUGCAUAUCAGAGGUCAAUAUUUUAUAUGAGCUGGCAUCAACUUUACGUCUUACAUCACUGCAACAGGCGUUAGAAAACCGUCAGUCAGGCAGGCAUUUCCUACGUGCGCGUCCAGUAGACCUACAGGUCGCAGAGAGAGCUUCGAUGUAUAACUGGAAAACACGAAUUUGUAACCCUAAACAACCAGAGUCUGUGGCCAGCCCGGUAUGUAUUUUAAUUUCCAUUUGGAGAGUAGUGCAUGAUGCCAUACCUCUGGGACUGGUGGGGACGCCUCUAGUGGACAAUGAUGAGGAGGUGCUGUACUGUUUCAUUCCAAUGGAGCAGAUUCGAUUAUAUUCCAACUUGGUGACACAGGACAACCUGUUGUGGCUGUGUAAUGACAUGGCUAUCAUCGAAUGUGGGAGCCGUCUUUUCAGGUUCAUAGCUAAUUUCCUGCGCACGGGAAAGAUCUUACUGCCAGAGCAUUUCAGUGAUUAUGAGCUGCUGAGCAGCGAGGCAAAAAUGGUUGGCAUGACCAAGUUCGUGGAAGCACUGCAAGAACACUGUGGGAUAAAUAGCAACUUGUCAUCCAUGCUUCUGGAUUCACCCCAAAUGUCAGUCCUGGAAUCUGUUGCUCAGCCUUUCUAUAUCAUGACCUUUGACCUGUUAGUGAAGUACCCCGAUUCUUCCCUGGGUCAGCUUCACAUAGACGGCAAUCUUGAGGGGAGCAGACUGUACAUAACAGGCUCAGGGGUUGUUUUCCAACACGUGCAGGACUGGCUGGGAACAUGCUGUCUACCUCUGACAGAGGACGCCUCUCAGCUGUUUGGCCUGCGUGAGUACCUGGAUGGGCAAGACGGGGCCUAUCAGGCUUUCAAGGAGGCCUUUUUGGAAUUCCACUACAAGAGGAAAACCUCAAGAAGAGCAUUUACUGCAAAACCAUGGUCUGCUUCGAUGGCGGCAUGCACGGUUUAUAAAAUUGUAAAAGUUUAUGUUGGAACACACUGGUACGCCACUUAUUUGCAAACUCUCUUAAAGUAUCCAGAGCUGCUGUCUAACUCUAGUAAGGUCAACUGGAUCUGCUUUGGUCAGACCCUGCAUGUGAAAGGAGACGGGCAAAUAUUCCGUCACAUUUUAAACUUCCUCAGAUCUGGUCGUCUGUUACUUCCAGUUGAUUUUAGGGAGUGGCCUUUGCUCUGCCAGGAGGUUGAAGCCUUCCAGAUCCCAGCCCUCACCGGAGCUUUGGAGGAUUGCUCAGACUACAGGGCGUGGUGCAGAGAGAAGGACCAGACCAGUGAUGGGUCUUCCUCUUCAUGUUUGGCUGCUUCUAUGUCUACUGAUGAUGAAGACUGCUGUCUGGGGAUAUCAUCUGAUGAGGAGAGCAUGCACUUCAGUGAAGAAGAGACACAACUGCGAGACAGCCCAGACAACUCAUUCUUCCUGAUGGGCGACCCAUCCAGUAGACCCUUCUCAGGAGAGCCUAUUUGUGUUUCCUCUCAAAGUAAUUAUAGUUCUUCUAAAAUUGAGAACACAGGGCAAACAUGUGGUGUCCCACCAGGCCCUUCGAACAGCUCCAGAGAGAAGCCUCCAGAGCAGCCCAGCAACACCGAAGCAUCUUCAGCCAACUCCAUGAGUGUCUCCAGCGAUCUCUCAGCCUCCAUCAGGAGCUUGCUCCAGAAAAUCCGCGGCACCUGCCUGGAGAGCCUGCUACAAAGAUUAAGCAGCAACAUCUCGGCCUCGCAGCAACACAGUACUUCUGCACAUAGGACAAAGCAGGAGUCCAUCCCAAAGGAGAGAUUGGUGCAGAUACUGGAGGAAACGUUGAGGAGUAGGCCCAACCUGAUGAUCAGGAGGCUGCCGGGGCUUACAAGCUCCAGCUGCUCAGGCCAGACCUCUGCCUCGUCAGAGUCAUCACUAUUGGCCGAACACAAUGUAUCAGCAGCAGCAGGAUAUGAACGGAACAGCCUUCCCAUGAGAGGCUGUGUGCUCAGGCUGACCCACCCCCCGGUUCUUGGAAGAGGAGAGCCAGGUGGCUUUUUCACCCACAGUGUCGUUUACAUGGGCACCUCUCCAGACAGCACCGAGUCCUACCUUCCAGAUGUGUCCUUUGUCCACUUCAAUCUGUCUUACGAGGAGAUGGUGUACGGACGGGAAGGCCAUGCCUUCCUGACGGGUAUCAUCCUGGACUCAGUGCGGUUAGACUCGCUGAACUGCACUCAGAAACUAGCCCAUUUGAUCUACAUUCUCUGGACAAGGCAGGCUACAGCAGAGGACUUUGUGCAAGAACUGCUGAGCACCAUCAGGGUCAAGCCGAAUAAGAACAGGGAGAAGUUACUGCAGUGGUUGCACGUAAGCUGCCUAAAGAAGCUGUAUCACUGUAGUGCCAAAACACGAACGAACCCAGCAGGUCAUCUGAGCUGGCUGUCUGAUUCUGAUCCACAGUUCACACUGCCGCUGGCGAGACACUACAGCGAGUGCGUGAAGCUGCUGGAAAAACACUUCUGCCAGACAGAGACUCUGUUUCCUUGAGAUACCACAACAAGCC